UAAUAAUAAUUAGUACAUAUUAAUUAAUUUUUUUCUGGGAAACUUAUUUAAUUUCCCCUGUAUUGUGGCGACAUGGAAAUAUUCAAUAUUUCCAAAAACAGGUUCAGUCCUCAUUGUAGAUUAUGUUCGAUUUGGCGUAAAGUGGAAUAUUAAUCACUUUCCGAUAAUGCUCUCUCUGGGCGACAUAAGCCUUUGUUCUACAUGCGAUUUUUUUCCGGUGCCAUCGUUUUGACAUGCAUUUCUAAUAAUUUGGGUUAAUUGGGCCUUAAAUAUUCAGAUCCAUUUUAGCACGGUGCAAUAAAUAAAAUUGACUUUAAAUUAUAAUAAACGGCGAUUUAUCAUUUUGUUCAAAAAACACUCAAUACAUGCAUUAUAGACAUUGAAAAACGUUCAUACAGAUUUCUAGGAAAACGCAAGGAAAAACAGCUUUUCUAGCUAAUUUUCUUUCUAUUGAAUGCCACAGUUUAUGGCGUACGCAGAGCCACUAAGUUUUUAACACUUAAAACUGAUCAAUUUUAUCAUCACUUGGAGCCAAUAAAACUAAUUAGAAAAUUGGAAAAAACAAGAAAAGAUUGGCAGCAAAAAACGUGAAAUUUACGCAAAUAUAUUUAUUUGCGCAAUUUACCGUUUAUUAACUAUAAAGCAAAAAGUGCAAUUAAAAUGUUUUAACAGACGCUCGAAGGCAAAAGUAUGAUGCAAUUUCUAGAUGCAAAUCUAGAUAAUCAUCGUUUAUCAAUGCGUUUUUUUGUUAUCGAUGAUGCUUGAAAACUGCUCUAUUGGCAUGAAUUCAGUCCGAGCGCGAAUAAACCUAUUGAAAACAAUUCAAUUUCUAAAAACUUAUAUAUGUUGACGAGCUAAGAGGAAACGGCAAACUCGAGAUCAAUCAGAGCAUCUCAAACUUUGAGUUUUCUAUAAACCAUUUGGGAGAAUAGUUUCAGAAAAAGAACCUGCCGCUAAUCGUUUCGAAGCUCGCGAUGGAUUUGCACUGUUCUGGUGUCGACGAAUUCAACAUUAAAUCAAUGUCCUCUUCAAGAACCCGGCGAAAACUCAGUAUUCCUGUUAAUUUGCCGCAAAAUACAACAGGAGACCAUCAAGCAGCCUUCAGGAGAAGAUUUAGCAAUGUAGGGGACGCAGUAACGAGAAAACUGUCUACAACUAUUGGCUGGAGAACCGGAGUAAAUACCAAUCCACCCGAAGAAGUGGUGGCAGUGGGUAGAGCUCUAUGCACACUAUACAUAAGAGCCAAACUGAAGAAAUGUGGGCUUUUCAACAAAAAAUUGGGACUAACCAGGGUGAGGAGCGCGAUAGGCUCUUUAAUCGCGUGUAGCACGAUAGUUAAGGACGUGUUUCCUGGCUUGUCCUGUGCUUGCCAGGAACUGGAAAGGAUGUAUCCCAAGUUAUAUUCGAACAUUUCCAGACACACUGGCCCUCCACCAGCCGACGGUAGUGUUGGUGUGUUGCUAGCUGUAGGCCAUCACAUACUUAGGUCUGAUCCCACAUGGGGCAAGGUUGUUGCUAUCUACUGUAUAGCUGCCGGAUUAGCGGUCGAUUAUGUGCGUCAGGGACAGAACGAGCAACUCCACGUUAUUCUAGAAGAUAUGUCCGAAUUGCUGGAAGAUCGAAUGGCAAAUUGGGUCCAUUCGAACGGCGGAUGGUAUGGGUUGAGCUCCCAUUGCCGUCCACAAAACCAGGAAGUAUCAGUAACGGAAUACAUGACGAUAUUUGGAUUGGUUACGGCCAUCCUCCUUGUGGCAUAUUUCAUAGUUAGGUUUUGUGUUACGUUUGGAGGCUGAUGCGCUACGAAUAGUCGAUAUUAUUUAACAGUAUUAUAAAAUAUAAGAUGCGCCUUUUGUGAUAGCAUGAGAGCCAAACAGCAAUAACUUUAGAGUAUUUACUAGUUAGCUGUUCAUUAAUGUUACCUACUAAUUGAUAUAGUUGUUGAGCUUUUAUACAUUCUUAAUAUAAAUAGUUUUUUCA